GUGAAAAAGUAAACAGCAGAAUUAUGGCGCCAAAACAUUUAACAGAAGAUGGAACUCAGAAAACAACAUUUCAAGAACUGGAAUGUUCCCUCUCUCUCGUCGGUGAGGUACAGCAACAACCAAUUUAUUACGCUAUAUUCAACAUUGUCCUCUCCAUCACAGCAUUUCUUGGCAAUUCAAUCAUCCUUGUUGCCCUUCACAAGGAAUCAUCCCUCCAUCCACCUUCUAAACUCUUGUAUCGUUGUCUAGCAGUAACUGAUCUUUUGGUUGGUCUUGUCAGCCAGCCUUGUCAUGUUUCCUAUUGGAUGUCCUUGGUUCAGGAACACUGGAGUCUUUGUCCAUACGCAAGGGACGCAGCUUACAUAACAAGCUAUGCAUUAUGCGGAGUGUCUUUGUCUACGAUGACGGCCAUAAGCGUGGACAGACUUCUCGCUCUGUUAUUGGGGCUGAGAUACAGACAAAAAGUUACUUUGAAGCGCACAUAUGUCAUUAUAGCUACCUUUUGGAUUGUAUGUAAUGUCGCUGCAUCAUUCUUCAUUUGGAACAACAGUUCUACCAUUUGGGUUGGCCGUAUUUUUAUACCGUCUUGCCUUGUAAUUUCAGUUGGUUCUUACACAAAGAUUUUCCGCACUCUCAGUCAUCACCAGACUCAGGUACAAGAUCAUGUUCAACAACAGCCGAGCCAACCAAAUGCACUGAACAUGGCGCAAUACAGAAAGGCAGUGUACAGUGCACUGUGGGUGCAGUUAGCAUUAGUUGUUUGUUAUUUGCCCUAUGGUAUAAUGGAAAUUGUGAUCAGUCAUAGAAAAACCUAUUCAUCUCAUUCAGCAGUUAGUAGAGAAAUAGCAAUCAUCUUAGUUUACUUUAACUCCACUUUAAAUCCGUUCCUUUAUUGCUGGAAGAUUUCUGAGAUAAGACGAGCAGUAAGGCAGACAAUCAGACAAGCGCUUUGUUGUCUAUGGCGUUAGAUUCUAUUCGAGUAAUUUUCAAUUUUUUUAAUUCCAAACCAAACUUUAUCAGUUACAGUUGCUCCAAGUAAUCGCUCGUAGGAUACUUCCCUGUAUUGUUAACAAUUGUUCACCUAGAAUAUUUACCGAACCGCGAAGCGGCGAGUUAAAUAUUUACCAUUUUCGCCGAUUCUGAAGUAAAUAUUUGUAACAGUUUCAGUUAAUUUAUGUUUCACGAUUUUAGCAAAAUGCAAGCGUAGAAUAAAAUUCAUGCUAAUUACUUGAUCGGUGAGGACCAUCGGAGGACACAGAAAAAUGUCUCCGCAAUUCCGUGUUUCUUGUUUACACUCAUAAAACAGCAAAAAAAAACUGCUCACAAUCAAAACAAAAUUCGCUAUUUCAAAUAAGUCAAACGUUUUUCGCGUUACUACAUGUAUACAGGAGCCGCCGUGUCAGCGAUGUGGUCAUGGCCUCGAAUUUGGUAUUAUUAUUUACGAAAUAUAAUGCUUAACUGUGAAUAUGUUUGUUCCUUUAGCUGUUAGGCAAAAUUACAGUCAACGUUGGAAAUAAAAUUGAUCAUAGCUGGUUCUGUGACCCUCGC